AUAAACUCUCUCCGAGUCUUCGUCGUCGUCUCUUCCUCACACACAUUCUGCAUUCAGUCAUGGCGGUUGCAAACAGAGAGCUGGUGGAGAUAUUCAAGGCGAGGACUGACAAGAGGGAGUACAGAAGGACCGUCCUCAAGAACUCCCUUGAGGUCCUACUCAUCAGCGAUCCCGAUACCGAUAAGUGUGCUGCUACCAUGGAUGUCAGGGUGGGCCACUUCAGCGACCCCGAAGGCCUUCCGGGCCUCGCCCAUUUUCUCGAGCAUAUGCUGUUUUAUGCUAGUGAGAAAUACCCAUUGGAAGAUAGUUACUCCAAGUACAUUGCAGAGCAUGGUGGCAGCACAAAUGCUUUUACAUCUUCAGAGCAAACCAAUUAUCAUUUUGACGUUAACACUGAUUGUUUUGAAGAAGCUUUGGACAGGUUUGCUCAGUUCUUUAUUAAACCUUUGAUGUCAGCUGAUGCUACUUCGAGGGAAAUCAAAGCUGUUGAUUCUGAGCAUCAGAAGAACUUAUUGUCAGAUUCUUGGAGAAUGAACCAGCUUCAGAAACAUUUGAGCAUCGAGGGUCAUCCAUUCCAUAAGUUCAGCACAGGGAGCUGGGAUACCUUGGAGGUUAUACCAAAAUCAAGAGGAUUGGAUACAAGACGAGAGCUCUUCAAAUUUUAUGAAGAAAAUUAUUCUGCCAAUCUCAUGCAUCUGGUUGUAUACGGAAAAGAAAAUCUUGAUGAGAUUCAAAAUCUGGUGGAGCAUAAGUUCCAGGACAUUCGAAACACUGAAAGAAGUUGUUUCCGCUGUCCUGGUGAACCUUGCACAUCCGAACAUUUACAGGUUCUUGUCAGAUCUGUCCCAAUAAAACAAGGUCAUAAACUGAGAAUUGCAUGGCCGAUAACUCCGGAGAUCCACCAUUACAAGGAAGGUCCAUGCAGGUACCUUAGUCAUCUAAUUGGCCAUGAAGGAGAGGGAUCUUUGUUUCACGUCUUGAAAACAUUGGGAUGGGCCACGGGGUUGUUUGCUGGUGAAGCAGAUUGGACUUUGGAGUUUUCAUUCUUCGAAGUAGUGAUUGUUCUUACUGAUGCUGGUCACGAGCACAUGCAAGAUGUUGUUGGGUUGUUAUUCAAAUAUAUUCGCCUUUUACAACAGUCCGGCAUUUGCAAAUGGAUAUUUGAUGAGCUUUCAUCCGUCUGCGAGACAAAAUUCCAUUAUCAAGACAAAAUUACUCCUGUUAAUUAUGCGAUCCAUCUCGCAUGCAAUAUGCAGGUAUAUCCGCCAAGAGAUUGGCUGGUGGGGUCAUCCUUGCCCUCAAAGUUCAGUCCAGGCACUAUUCAAAUGGUACUAGAGGAGCUCUCUAUUGACAAUGUCCGAAUCUUUUGGAAAUCAAAAAAAUUUGAAGGUCACACAGACAAGGUUGAGCCAUGGUAUGGAACUGCAUAUUCUGUGGACAAAGUUACUCCCUCCAUGAUUGAGGAAUGGAUGCUAUGUGCUGUUAAUGAUAAUCUGCAUCUACCAGCACCCAAUGUGUUCAUCCCUACCGACUUGUCACUUAAGGAUGCUCAAGAGAUGGUCAAAUUUCCAGUUCUGUUAAGAAAGUCAUCAUGUUCAAGAGUAUGGUACAAGUCUGAUACAAUGUUUUCUACUCCCAAGGCAUAUGUUAAGAUAGAUUUUAACUGUCCCCAUGCUGGAAACUCCCCUGAAGCACACGUUCUAACUGAUAUUUUUACGCGGCUAUUAAUGGAUUACUUGAAUGAAUAUGCCUAUUAUGCAAAGGUUGCUGGUCUAUACUAUGGCAUAAAGCGCAAUGCUUAUGGUUUUCAGGUGACUCUGAAAGGUUACAAUGACAAACUGAGGACUUUAUUGGAAACUGUACUGGGAAAAAUUGCAAGAUUUAAAGUAAAACCUGAAAGGUUUUUUGUGAUAAAGGAAACCCUAACAAAGGAGUACCAAAAUUUCAAGUUCCAACAACCCUAUCAGCAGGCUAUGUACUAUUGCUCUUUAUUACUAGAAGACCAUAAGUGGCCUUGGAUGGAAGAACUUGACAUUCUUCUCCAUCUUGAAGCUGAAGAUCUUGCAAAAUUUGCUCCAGAGUUGCUCUCAAGGGCCUUCCUUGAGUGUUAUAUAGCAGGAAACAUUCAAACCAGUGAAGCAGAGUCAAUGGUCCAGUAUAUUGAAGAUGUUUUCUUUAGUGGUCCAAAUUCUGCAUGCAAACCUUUAUUCCCGUCCCAACACGUGACAAAUAGAGUGGUUAAACUUGAAAGGGGCACGAGUUACUUCUACCCUGCAGAAGGCCUUAAUCCAGAUGAUGAAAAUUCUGCUCUUGUCCACUAUAUUCAGGUUCAUCGUGAUGAUUUUCUGCUGAAUGUGAAGCUUCAGCUUUUUGCUCUAAUCGCAAAGCAAUCAGCCUUCCACCAGCUUAGAUCAGUUGAGCAGCUUGGGUACAUUACUUCUCUCUGGCAGAGGAAUGAUUCUGGUAUCUAUGGUGUACUGAUAAUCAUCCAAUCUACAGUGAAGGGUCCUGGACAUAUUGAUUUGAGAGUUGAGGCAUUUCUCAAGACAUUUGAAAGUAAACUUCAUGAGAUGACCAGUGACGAAUUCAAGAGUAAUGUGAAUGCAUUAAUUGACAUGAAGCUUGAGAAGCACAAGAACUUAAAUGAAGAAUCUGGAUUUUUCUGGCGAGAGAUUCGUGAUGGGACCCUCAAGUUUGAUAGGAAAGAAUUGGAGGUUGCAGCAUUGAGGCAGCUAACACAACAAGAAUUGAUAGACUUCUUCAAUGACCAUAUAAAAGUUGGCGCACCUCAGAGGAAGUCAUUAAGUAUAGGAGUGUAUGGAAACCUACAUAGUUCGGAGUACACAGCAGAUAAAAGUGGACCAGUGCACUACUCGGUGAAAAUAGAUGACAUAUUCAGUUUCAGGAGAUCACAGCCUCUUUAUGGUUCAUUCAGAGGAGUCUCUGAUCAUGUGAAUUAAGUUGUAGGGAGUUGAGCUCCACCAUAGUUCAGCAAAAAAACAGUAACUUCUGCCAUUCAAAAUGCUGCAAAGCUACUCAUCUGAACCUUAAAUUUGGUAUCGAUGAUGUCGAUUGGCGGAGCAAGUGUAUUAGCUUUUUCUCGAGAUUGAAACUUGUGCAUGUCCUGCAUGCAUGGCACCAAACUCUAUAAUUUCUCUCCUCCUCCUUCAUCCCCUCAGGCAUGGGCUGGACAUGCAUUUAAACUAUAAACUGAUAUGGGAAUUCUGUCAUAGACUUUUAUAUAGAGAGCCUUAAUCUAUCUUUUAUUUCUUUCUGUUUUUCAAAA